ACAUUUUCUGACAAGCGUAGAAAAAGUUUUCAUCAACAGCCGCCAUUUUGCGCUGGAGAGACUGAGAAGAAUUUCGGAAUUUGUCGUGUAAAUUUUCUGUUUUUUCUUACAUCAUUUUAUCAUAAACUGUACCAUUCCGUGUAUUUUAAAGUGUUAAGUGAAAUCGUGUUAUUCGAUCGGUAAAAUAAGUCCCCUAAAGUCGCGAAAAUCUGGUGAUAUUGUUUUCAUUUAUUGUGCUAGUUCCGUCGGAAGAUGGUGAGAGGGUCUGUGUAGCUCUUCGUUCGAUUCGGAGCUUUGUAAUGGCGAAUACUUGAGUGAGAAAUUCUAAUAUGUGCCUUCAACGGUGUGGAGGACAUCGAACGAUCGGGAUGUGGGUGAAUUUCAUUAUGAUGGAUGACAAAUCGCUGUAAAAUGUUAUUUCUCGAAGAUAUAAGACAUAAAAGUGUUAUUUGAAUCGGCGGGCCGAAAUAUUCACGACGGCUUACGUUUAGUAAACAGAGCCAUGGCCGAUCAUCAUGUGGACGAGCCGCCCAACAAGCGGGCUAAGAUGAUCCGGGACCCGUUCCAGGGUCCCUCGGACUCCGCAGGAGAUGGAUUCUCGAAUCUCGACAUGUUCGACCUCGAGAAGGACCUUCCUGACGAGCUCAUGGGGGGCGCUUGGGGCGAGCAGCUCGGAGUGGCGGGACCCAAGCCCCCCGCACAGGGCCCAGGGCCCGGGGGGCAGAUGAACCCCCAACAGCAGCUCAAUGGAGACGAUCCUACAGCUGCCAUGCAGAGGCAAAUUAACAAUCAUCUUAUACAACAAGUCUUUUCACAGGGCAACAAGGGCUUAGUGGGCCACAACAAUCCGUUAGGAUUGGGUAGUUUAGGAAGUAAGAGUCCCUUACAGUCACCUCCUAAUGUGUCUGUAUCUAAGGACCUCAUGGGUGGCAUGCACCCACAACUAAUGCCAAAUACAAGUCAUCCAAAUCAACUACAUUCGACGAUGCCGAUGAGUUCCAUACAAGGAGGGAUGAACGUCGCGAACGUGGGGGGUAACAUGAUAGUGACCAACAGCAGCAUGGGCGGUGCGGGCAUGUUGGGCAGCGGCAUCAUCAACAACGUGAACAAGCAGCUGCCCACACUCAUGUCCAACAACCACCACGCCGCGCCGCCGCACCAUCCCCACGCACAGCAAAUGCAAAACGGUCCGCUGGGCGGACGUGUGGGCGGCGUGGGCAUGGCGGCGCCCAGCAUGCGCAGUACGCUGCAACAUCAUCCGCGGAUGUCUGCCCCGAGCGGGGGCCAUCCGCUGACACCCUAUCACCCGCCCUACGGCCAGUCGCCGCAGGGCCCGGGGGUGCCACCAGCACAGCGACCAGCUAGUGUUCGUUUCGGUCCUCCCGGCGACGCAGCGGGGGCGGCGGCGGCGCAGGCCGUGCCGCCCGCGCCGUCGCCGCAGACUCCGGGCGCGCCGGCCGGCGGCCAGUCGCAGCCGCAGCCUGCCGCGCAGCAGGCGCCGCCCGCCGCGCCUCCCGCGCAGCCCGCGCCCGGCGGCUCCAUAGCCGACCCCGAGAAACGCAAGCUGAUACAACAGCAGCUGGUGCUGUUGCUACACGCACACAAGUGCCAGAGACGCGAGUCCCAGUCCAACGGCGAGACGUGGCAGUGCACGCUCCCGCACUGCAAGACCAUGAAAGGAGUGUUAAACCACAUGAUGUCGUGUCAAGCUGGCAAAAAUUGUGGAGUCCCCCAUUGUUCAUCAUCAAGACAAAUCAUCAAUCAUUGGAAACAUUGUAAUAAAAAUGACUGUCCAGUAUGCUUACCUCUCAAACAAGCAGACAGGACCAGAACUAACAAUAUGAAUGCAGCGGCAGUGAGCCACGCGACGACGGGCGUGGGCGUGGGCACGGGCGGGCCGGGGCCGGGCGUGGGCGCGGGCCCGGGCGCCGCGGCCGGCAUGGGCGGCGUCAACCCGUUGGCUCCCGCGCCCGCGCAGCCGCAGCCCGCGCCGCAGCCCAACACGCAGGGCGCCGACAUGAAGCGAGCAUACGAAGCGCUAGGCAUCGCGUGCCCCACGUCGGUGGCCAACAUGGGCAACGUGGGCGGCGCGUUCCCGCGCGCGCAGCUGGCGCGCAUGGGCGUGCCGCGGCCGCCGGCGCUUAGCGACGUGGUGGCCGUGCCCGGCGGCAUGCAGCAGCUGUUCCCGCAGGGCCAGCCCGACCUGCAGCAGCAGCAGCAGCAGCAACUGAUGGGCGCAGGCACGCUGCAGCUGCCCGGCGGGACCGUGACGGCCAACCCUGUCUCCGGCACAAAGGAGUGGCACCAGUCUAUAACAGCCGAUCUCAGAAACCACCUUGUUCAUAAACUGGUGCAAGCUAUCUUUCCCACGCCGGACCCCACAGCAAUGCUAGACAAACGAAUGCACAACCUAGUCGCGUACGCGCGGAAAGUAGAAGGCGACAUGUACGAAAUGGCCAGUACUCGAUCCGAGUACUAUCACUUAUUAGCAGAGAAGAUUUACAAGAUACAGAAGGAGUUAGAAGAGAAGCGCCAGAAGAGAAAGGAGCAGCAGUUGCAAGCGCAACAGCAACAGGCGCAACAACAGCAGCAGCAACAACAGCAGAAUCAGCUCCAGGCGCAGCAGCCCGUGAACGUGAUGUCGGGCGGCGGCGUAAUGGGCGUGCGGGCGGGCGUGGGCGGUGUGGGCCCGGGUGGCGUGGGCGGCGUGGGCCCGGGCGGCGUGGCGCGCGCGGCCCUGGCGGGCGCGGCGCCCGCGCUGCAGGCCAUGCGCAUCCCCUCGCCCGGCAUGGCCGCGCUCAACAUGCCGCCGCAGGCCGCGCGCAUGCCCUUCCAGGGGAACCUCGUCGGUCCGCCCGGACCUAGCCCCAACCAGAUGCCACAUACGCCGAACGGUGGCAGCGUCGGCGUCGGAAGCGUAGGCCAGCCCGGCAUGUCGCCGUUCGGGCAGCCGAUGACGUCGCCGGCGCCUCAGUAUCCGAUGCAGUCGAACGGGCCGGCGCCGCUGGCGUCCCCGAGCCACCAGGGCGAGAGCAAGGUGCGACUGUCGGGCGGGCCCGUGGCCAGCCCCUUCAUGAACCACGCGGCCGCGUUCCGCGAGGCGGCCGCCGCGUCGCCCAACACGUCGGGCGGGUCGUGCGGCCCCGCGCUGCCCGCCACGCCCGCCACGCCGCCGCCGCCGCGCCCCACCAGCCGCGCCGCGCCCGCCGCGCUGCCGCCCGUGCUCGACGAGCCGCACGAUGAGCCGCGCAUCAAGCAGGAGCCCAGCGACCCGCCGCGCAUCAAGGAAGAGCCCGACGACCCCGACGUGGGCGGCAAGGGCAUGCGCGACGAGAUCCCCGACGAGAAAAUGGAGCGCCCCGACUUCUCCGUCAAGACGGAGAUCAAGCAGGAAAUCAAGGAGGAGAUCAAAGAAGAGCCGUCGGAGGCGGGCGGGAGCGCCUCAGACCGGGGGCCGAAGCGCGCUUUCGUGUUCAAGCCGGAGGAGCUGCGCGCCGCGCUCAUGCCGACGCUGGAGAAGCUGUUCCGGCAGGACCCGGAAUCUCUGCCCUUCCGCCAGCCCGUGGACGCGCAGGCGCUCGGCAUCCCGGACUACUUCGACAUCGUCACCAAGCCCAUAGACUUGUCCACCAUCAAGGGCAAGCUCGACCGCGGCGAGUACAAGGACCCUUGGGAGUACGUCGACGAUGUCUGGCUCAUGUUCGAGAACGCGUGGCUCUACAACCGGAAGAAUUCCAGGGUCUACAGAUAUUGUACUAAGCUAUCGGAAGUGUUCGAGCAAGAGAUCGACCCUGUAAUGCAGAGCCUCGGCUACUGUUGUGGUCGCAAGUACACCUUCAACCCUCAAGUGCUAUGCUGCUAUGGCAAACAGCUCUGCACUAUCCCGCGCGACGCUAAAUACUUCUCCUACCAGAAUAGUCUAAAAGCGUAUGGGGUUGUGUCCGAUAGAUACACCUUCUGCCAGAAGUGCUUCAACGACAUCCAAGGAGACACCGUCACGCUGGGAGACGACCCGCUACAGCCACAGACCGCGAUCAAAAAGGAUCAAUUUAAGGAGAUGAAGAAUGAUCAUUUAGAACAAGAGCCAUUUGUAGUGUGUAUGGACUGUGGUCGCAAACAGCACCAGAUAUGCGUGCUACACCACGACCAGAUAUGGCCACAGGGCUUCUGCUGUGAUAACUGCCUCAAGAAGAAAGGCGCUAAGAGGAAAGAGAACAAGUUCUGCGCGAAAAAGCUUCCCACAUCCAAACUCGGCAUUUAUAUAGAGACUAGAGUGAACAAUUUCCUAAAGAAGAAGGAGGCUGGUGCUGGUGAGGUGCACAUCAGGGUGGUUGCGUCCUCUGAAAAGAUGGUGGAGGUAAAGCCGGGUAUGCGGUCCCGGUUUGUGGAGUCGGGCGAGCUGUGCGCAGAGUUCCCGUACAGAGCGAAGGCGCUGUUCGCCUUCGAGGAGGUCGACGGAGCUGACAUCUGCUUCUUUGGCAUGCACGUACAGGAAUACGGCAGUGAAAGUCCAUCACCAAACACGAGGCGUGUUUACAUAGCAUAUCUAGAUUCAGUACAUUUCUUCCAACCGCGGCAGUAUCGUACCGCAGUUUAUCACGAGAUCCUACUCGGAUAUUUAGACUACGCGAAACAACUCGGAUACACUAUGGCCCAUAUUUGGGCGUGUCCGCCUUCGGAAGGCGACGACUACAUAUUUCACUGCCACCCGCCCGAACAAAAGAUACCUAAGCCUAAAAGACUACAAGAAUGGUAUAAGAAAAUGUUAGACAAGGGUAUUAUAGAGAGGAUAAUUUUAGACUACAAGGAUAUUCUUAAGCAAGCGAUGGAGGACAACAUCUCUUCGGCGGCAGAGCUGCCUUACUUCGAGGGCGACUUCUGGCCUAACGUGCUCGAGGAAUCCAUCAAAGAAUUGGACCAAGAAGAAGAGGAGAAGAGAAAACAGGCUGAAGCCGCUGAGGCAGUGAUAUUCCAGUCGUCGGAAGAGAAUGAGCAAGGCCCCGACGGCAAGAAGAAGGGUCAAAAGAAGGCAAAGAAAUCGAACAAGUCGAAGGCGGCGCAACGCAAGAAUAGCAAGAAGCAGAGCGACCAACAGCAGGGCAGCGACCUUAGUGCUAAGAUAUUCGCCACCAUGGAGAAACACAAGGAAGUGUUCUUCGUUAUCAGGCUACAUUCCGCCCAAUCCGCUGCCAGCUUAGCGCCAAUCCAAGACCCCGACCCCUUAGUAAACUGUGACCUAAUGGAUGGUCGCGACGCAUUCCUUACAAUGGCCCGCGACCGCCACUACGAGUUCUCAUCGACGCGGCGCGCGAGGUUUUCCACGCUGUGUAUGUUGUACGAGUUACAUAACCAAGGACAAGACAAGUUUGUGUACACGUGCAACAGCUGCAAGUCACAUGUGGAGACGCGUUAUCAUUGCACCGUGUGCGACGACUUCGAUCUCUGCGUGCCUUGCUAUGACAAGGGGGGUCACCCACACAAGAUGGAGAAGCUCGGCCUAGACCUCGACGUGGGCUCGUCCCCGGGAGACAUGAAGCAGGCGAACCCACAGGAGGCGCGCAAACAGUCGAUUCAGCGAUGCAUACAAUCCUUGGUGCACGCGUGUCAAUGCCGCGACGCCAACUGCCGACUGCCGUCGUGCCAGAAGAUGAAGCGGGUCGUGCAACACACCAAGAUUUGCAAGAGGAAGACGAAGGGCGACUGUCCUAUCUGCAAGCAGCUGAUCGCGUUGUGUUGUUACCACGCGAAGCACUGCCAGGAGACGAAGUGUUCGGUGCCGUUCUGCAGCAGCAUCAAGCAGAAGCUGAAGCAGCAGCAGGUGCAACAGAGGGUGCAGCAGCAGCAGCUGCUGCGGCGGCGUAUGGCCGCCAUGAACACGCGAGGCGCGCCCGCGCCCGCUUCCCCGCCGCCCGCGCCCGCGCUCGCCUCGCCGCCGCCUUCCAAGCCCUCCUCGCACACCUUACCCCACAAUGUGCAGAAGGCUUUACAACAGGUGCAGGAGGAGGCGGCGCGGCAACAGGCGCCGUCGUACGGCAAGCAGGGCGCCAUGGGCGGCGGCGGCGGGCCGGGCGCGGGCUGCGGGCCCGUGGCGCGCGCGGCGGGCGGCGCCGACUGGGCCGCCGCCCGCUACCGCGCGCCGCCGCCGCUGCACCACGCCGCGCCGCACCGCCUGCCGCAUCCGCACCAGCAGCACCCGCCGCCGCACCCGCACCACGCGCAGCAGCAGAUACAGCAACAACAACGAGCUCCCGCGCCAGGCGUAGGCGGCGUGGCGGGCGUGGGUGGCGUGGCGGGCGUGGCCGGCUCUGUAGCGGGCGGCGCAGUGGGCGCAGGCGCAGGCGCGGCCCCUGCCAUGCACCAGCGCGCGCUGCAGCAGCUCAUGCAGACGCUGCGCUCGCCCACCAGCCACAACCAGCAGCAGGAGAUACUGCAGAUACUCAAGUCCAAUCCCCCGCUCAUGGCCGCCUUCAUCAAACAGAGACAGAACGCGCAAAACCAGCAGCAAGCGUCCAGUGGUGUGGGUGGAGUAGGCGGCGUUGGUGUGGGCGGGGUGGGCGGCGUCGGGCUAGGCGGCGGCGUGCCACAACAGCAGCAACACAUGAUGCAGCCGCAGCAGCAGCGCCUGCAACAGAUGCAGCACAUGCACACGCAGCAGACACAGGUCGGAGGAGUGUCCGGUGUCGGCGGCGUAGGAGUGUCAGCCGUGGGCAUGGGCGGCGUGGGUGGUGUGGGCAGCGGCGGCGUGGGCGGGCCGGUGGGCCCGGGCGGCAUGGCGCACGCGGCGGGCGGCUGGUUCAAGCAGGCGGCGCCCGUGCAGGCCGGCCUCAUGGGCAUGCGCGCGCCGUACGCGGCGGGCGGCGGCGCGCGGCUGGGGCCGCGGUACUUCUCGGGCGUGGGCGCGGUGGGCGGCGGCGUGGGCGCGGUGCAGCGCUCGCCGCCCGCCACGCCGUCGCCGCGCCCACCCACGCCGUCCGAGCUGCUGAUGCUGCGGCAGUCGCCGGCGCCGCCGCAGCCGCACGCGCCGCCCGACGACCAGCUGCCGCCCAUGACGCCGCAAGACCAACUCACCAAGUUCGUCGAGCAGUUGUAGUGUACAUAGCCGAGGCGCGGCGCGUCGCCCUGUAAUAUAUAAUGUAAGCUAUCGCGACCGUCGCCCGCUAUCCCUCGAUCUAAUCCCCCUUAUUUAUUGUCGAUGAAGUUAGUGAGGGCCGUUAAUUAAGUAUUACGACCGAAUCGAGCGCUCAAUGUACAAAAUGUAAAUAUGAGAGGAGUGCGUCCUGUCCGCUUCUGCGUAGCGUAAGUUGUUCGUAGUGUAGGUACAUUAUGAUACUUAUUCUGUUUAUUGUAAUUAAAUCAUUUUAUAAUAUAAUUAUGUGAUCAUUAUAAAAA